GGCCGCCGCCAUGGUGCCCAACCAGCUGAGACUCUCUGCGGCCGCACGUGGCCGUGGAGGCUAUGAUUCUGAUUUUAGUGAUGAGGAGAAUGGAGAGAAGACUGUGCAAAAGACUAAAAGUAAAAAGGAAGACGGCCUUCAGAUAAAGCCAUUUCAAAAGGCAAAACAAGGCAGCGUAGUUCACAGACAAUUCGCAGCUGAAGAAUGGGAUAGGGAAGAAGCAAGAAAAAGAAGAUUUCAUCUGAUAUCAAUGGAUGCUUAUGAAAGACAUAAAAAGUUUGUGAAUGACUACAUUUUAUACUAUGGUGGCAAAAUUGAGGAUUUCCGACGUUCUGGAGCAAACGACAAGACGGAUCUUGAUGUCAUUAGAGAAAACCAUAGAUUCCUGUGGAAUGAAGAUGAUGAAGCAGACAUGAAUUGGGAGAAGAGGCUUGCAAAGAAGUAUUAUGAUAAAUUGUUCAAGGAAUACUGCAUAGCAGAUCUCAGUAGAUACAAAGAGAAUAAGUUUGGAUUUAGAUGGCGACACGAGAAAGAAGUAAUUUCAGGAAAAGGUCAGUUUUCCUGUGGAAAUAAGCAGUGUGAUGAGAAAGAAGGCCUGAAGAGCUGGGAGGUGAAUUUUGGCUACUUAGAACAUGGUGAAAAAAGGAAUGCACUUGUGAAAUUGAGACUAUGUCCGGAAUGUUCCUACAAACUAAACUUUCAUCACCGGAGGAAAGAAGUCAAAGCACGCAAGAAAAAAGGCACAGCUGUACUGACCUCUAAAGAGCCAAAAACUAAGAAGACAAAAUUAUCUUGUUCAGCAAAACAUAAGUCAAAAAAGAAGAUUCAUAAAGAUCAGACUUCUUCAGAAGAUUCAGAUAAUUCUGAUAAAGAUUCAGAUAACAGUGAUGCACAAGAUGGUCCUUCAGAUGCUGACUUUUGGAAAGGUCCUCUACAAGAACCAGAUGAAAAAUCACGGGAGGAGGAGUUUGAUGAGUAUUUUCAAGACUUGUUUCUCUGAAACGUGAAAUUUAUGUAUGCUGAUUUUCUUCAUGAAUUGUGAAGGUGAAAGUCUGGAAAUUCAGUCAUAAUUAAGGAGGUCUCUUUUUGUUAGCAUACCUUUUCUAUAGUCACACAUGUGGACCAUCUCAGUAGAUUGUCUUUGUAGAAGGCUUCAGGUCUAAAAAUGUUUUGGGUUUUUGUUGUAAUAGGCUGUAUACUCAUAAAAUAAGAAAAAUACUUUUUUCAGUUCAGUGCAAAAACAUAAAUAGCACUCAAGAUGUAAACAAACAAUAUGGUUUAUUGACAUUACAUGAAGGAAGUUGGCUGCUUUUUGGUUUUUCCCAAACUUCUGUUACUGUCAGAUUUUUGUAAAGGGGCAUUUUGGAAGAUUCUGUUCUUAGCUUAAAGCCAUAUAUUUUAAUACAUUCAUAUUUCUAACUUAUUAAACAAGAGUGAAUACCCUUAACUCUAUUGGUCAUGUAUUAGUCUCUGCAAGUAUUUUCCAAUGUUAAUGGAAAAGUACAGUUGUUUUUUUUCCGUGAAUUAAGUAAACUCUAUCUGAAAUGUCUGCCCUACUUUUAAGAAAAGUUU